CCGAUGGCGAAAGAGACUCUUGCCUACGAUCUUGGCUCCACGCGUCCCAGUAUCUUUCUAGACUUCUUGGUGGAAUUGACGCAUGUCGCACCUCGUGGCUACCAAAGCAACGAUAGAAGAACGAAGCAUUUUUGAGGAUCUGCUUCGAGUGCCGGUUUCCAGCGAAAAAGUGUCAUAGUUAUUUACGAUUUAUUGUGUUGGUGAAACACUGCAUCAACUUCCUGUGCAUGGCGAGGACCCGUGAGCGUCGUCCGUCGUGUUGAGCAGUCAAAAAGUGGUGUUCGGCCGUGUUUUAUCAUUUGCCGAGUACACUCUUUCCGAAGUUCCGUUCGACGUGCGCUGUUUGCGGAGGGAGAGUAGUGCAGGUCGUGCGUGAAAAAUGAUCAACAUGGAGACGGAUAAAACCAUCGAGGACACAAACACGAAUCUCCAGUAUCCAAUGACGAUACUUUACGAUCCUACUCGCAAGAAAGAACCACCCACGGGCGUAUCUGUACAAUACAGCCACGACAGGGAGAUCUGUAUGAAGCUUUUCGAAAGAUGGAGCGAACCGGAACAAGUGCACUUCGUGGAACAACUAUUGGCACGGAUGUGCCAUUACCAACACGGACACAUCAACGCCUACCUAAAACCCAUGCUGCAGCGGGACUUCAUCUCUCUUCUGCCAAAGAAAGGAUUGGACCAUGUAGCCGAGAGCAUUCUGUCCUAUCUCGAUGCUGAUUCGCUAUGCGCGGCAGAACUCGUAUGCAAAGAAUGGUACAGAGUAAUUAGCGAGGGAAUGCUUUGGAAAAAGUUAAUUGAACGUAAGGUUCGGACUGAUUCCGUAUGGAGAGGAUUAGCAGAGAGGAGAGGAUGGAUACAAUAUUUGUUCAAACCGAGGCCUGGCGAGAGUCAUCGAAAUCAUGGAUUUUAUAGAACUCUUUUCCCCAAAAUUGUCAAGGAUAUCGAUAGCAUAGACAACAAUUGGCGAAUGGGGAGGCACAAUCUGCAGAAAAUAAAUUGUCGAAGCGAAAAUUCCAAGGGCGUUUACUGCCUUCAGUAUGAUGAUCAGAAGAUUGUUUCGGGGCUGCGCGAUAAUACCAUUAAAAUAUGGGAUAGAAAUACUCUGCAGUGUAUCAAGGUGCUCACUGGACACACAGGCUCCGUCCUUUGUUUGCAGUACGAUGACAAAGCUAUUAUAUCUGGCUCUUCGGAUAGUACUGUCAGAGUAUGGGAUGCCAAUACUGGUGAAAUGGUCAACACUUUGAUUCAUCAUUGUGAAGCUGUGUUACAUCUCAGAUUCAACAAUGGCAUGAUGGUCACUUGUUCUAAGGACCGUUCAAUUGCUGUAUGGGAUAUGACUUCACAAACUGAAAUUGCCUUGCGUCGGGUACUGGUUGGGCACCGAGCAGCGGUAAACGUUGUGGAUUUCGAUGAGAAAUAUAUAGUGUCGGCUAGUGGUGAUAGGACUAUCAAAGUAUGGAACACAUCCACCUGUGAAUUCGUGCGAACGUUAAACGGGCACAAGCGGGGCAUAGCAUGUUUGCAAUAUAGAGAUCGCUUAGUAGUUAGUGGUAGCAGCGACAACACUAUCAGAUUAUGGGACAUUGAGUGUGGUGCGUGUUUGCGUGUUUUGGAGGGUCACGAAGAGCUUGUCAGGUGUAUCAGAUUCGACAGUAAACACAUCGUCAGCGGGGCUUACGACGGAAAAAUUAAAGUUUGGGACCUGGUGGCGGCACUGGAUCCUCGUGCCCUAGCUAGUACUUUAUGUCUACGCACAUUGGUGUGAUUAUAGUACGCACGUGUUUCUUCUUGCGCCAGGAGCACACCGGACGCGUUUUCCGCCUUCAAUUUGACGAGUUCCAGAUAGUGUCGUCUUCUCAUGACGAUACAAUCAUCAUCUGGGACUUCUUGAAUUUCACGGAUGG